UCCGGUUUCUGGCCCAUAAAUAUUGCAAAAAAGAGCAUCAAUAAUUACCGAUUUAACAGUAAUUAUAAAUGCAUGUCGUUAUCUUUGUGGGUGCGAUAGUUUUUGGUCAGAAAUCGGCAAAAACAAUACGCCAAGUACGACAAUCUGGUAACGUUGCGCCCGCCUUUCCACGCAUUGAUUUGCCUGUAUGCGGGGUUGCCGAAUUACACUUUACGCAUUUCCCUUUGCCUUUUGUGAGCCCUUGGUGGUGCCGGAUUGGUGCGGGCAACUGUGUGUUAGGUAAAAACUGUGUGCUACCCUUUACUCGACGAUAUAACAAGAAAUAAGCUGAUGACAAGGAGUUUAUCCGUGUUAAAAUAGGUGUCUGGGAGCAGCAGUCUGGAUCAACGAGCGAUGCCUCCACUUCUUCGUGCAUCCCGGAGGCCACAACAAAACUAGUGCCCGGUCCUUCCUCAGGUUUUGACACCCGCCUCCACUGCCUGGAUUAAAAAUAAGAGUACGUGGUGGAACUGGUAGUGGCCGUGGUGGUCUGUGAAAGUCUGGUGCUCGAAAGAAAGGAGAUCGACAUGGAGGUGAACGCUAUCCAAGAAGACCGAGGACCAUUGACACACUUUUGAUGACGGAGAGGAGGGUGACACUCAGAGGACGCCCGCAGCAGUGACAGGGCAUCCCUCGUCCCUUGUCUGAGAAGAUGAACCUCCCGUGGUAGCUAGGUGGGCGCCAUGCACUUCUGGAUCGACAAGCGGAGUGCGUGCGGCCAGCGGGGUGCUCAGUUCGUCGGGUCCCCGUGUCUCUACCGCCCCAAGGCACGCCACUACCCCAUGGUGACCCCCGUGCACAGGUUCCAGCGCAUCGAGUCCCUGCAGGUGGAGGGGCGGCGUGCAGGGGAGGCGGGGCGUAGCCGAGGGGGGCGGGGGCGCCGGCAAGGCUCCUCGCGUCCCUCCACUGAUGAGGAUGAGGAGGAAAGUGUCCGCGUGCCCCUCGGGGAGACGCCGCCCCCUGAGGAAACCUGCCUCACCCGCCUAGGGGUGGCCGCUAACCGCCCCCCGCGAAGGACCUCCGCCAACUCGUCCGUGUACUCCCGCGUGCCCGACAACUUCAACCUGUUCCGGAUGGGCGGCAUCAACUGGUGCGUGUGGGCGGCGUUUAUCCUGGUCACCAUGCUGCUGGUGCCCGCCCACCUCUACCUUAAAAACUUCCACUACCGCGGCGAGCUAGUGGGCAUCAUCUUCGUGGUUAUCCUUCUCUUUCUCGUCUGCUUCUCCGUGUCGCUCUUCCACACCAAAACGCGCGCCAUCCUGCUGCACCGCCUCAACCUCGAAGACGACGCCCGCGGCUGUGCCCUCGACCAAGAUGCCGUCUCCCCGGGCCGCCGCCGCCCACUGUUUCCCACGCCUACCCUGACCCAUCGGCGACUGGUGCGCCACCUGCCCUGCCCCCCCGUCCGUAUGUCCAUGUCCACCCCUGACCUGGUAGACGGACACGCCCUCGCGCGAGACAGGAUGGCACGAUCCCACUCCCAGGCGGCCCGCGGUGUGAGCUACGGCCUCCUGCGGCCCCACGAAGCCGGCGAGCACCGGCUGGAGACGUCCCUCGCCUUUGACGCAGCCAGUGACCCGCCCCCCUACCAUGUGGCCAUCCUCCUACCGGCUCCCACCCACGCCGCGACCAGGGAGUGUGAGACGCCCCCGCCAGCCUACGACGUGGUGCAGUGAGUUCCGCGACCCUGCACGUAGGACGGACAGCAGCGCUUGCAGGGCACCGCUGGAGCUGGCUUGUGGAAGUAACGCUUGACGUUUAUUUCUACUCAGAGCAACUCAAAGCUGGAGAGGUUGAAACACAUUUGUGUUUCACCGUAAAGCGUCUGUUGCUUUCAAGCUUGCCACGGAAGAGUAACAAGCUUUUUCCCUGGCAGGGGAUCCUCAUAUCAAUACUUUUAUGGGUUGUGUCGCUGCGCCUCGCUCGCCACCCUCAGCAAGUCAAAGGAGCAAAUAAGCGAUGUAUUAAAUUGACACCUACUGGAUUAGGCGCUGAGGUGUGGGCGGGGGAGUAUUUUGUUAAUGGGGGACUGCCGGGCGUCUUCUAUUGAUGGAAGGCUACCGGGCACUCUUUCUCCCCUUUUUGCAUGCUGAGUACUUGCAAUGCCUCCUACGCAUAAUGAGGGAGGGAUGAGGGAUGAGCUGCAGGAUAAAAGCGGUUAAAAGAAGCAAAUCUCAAGCCAGACGGAUUUUAGGGAGGAAGUACUAACUGAAAUAGAUGAAAUACCUAACGACUUCUUUCAACUUCACAUCAGCUUUAACUAGUGACUUAGCGAGUUUUGUGUUGUACAUAAGUUUGUUGUUUCUCUGGGGUCAAUGCAAUCAAAAUACGUAUAUAUAUAAGUAAACCAAAUCAAGCUAAUGCGAUCAAAUCUUGUAUUAUAUAGCAAUUAGCAUGCAGAACUUACGCGUGUGUGUGUGUGUGUGUGUGUGUGUGAGAGAGAGAGAGAGAGAGAGAGAGAGAGAGAGAGAAUCAUUAGUACAAGAUGAAGCUACGCACAACCCUCGCUCCCUCCCUGGCCCUUCCAUUCUCUUUCCAUCGCCAAAGACGCCGCCACCAGGAGACAGUUAUUACGAUCAUACGACACUUUGCAGGAAGAUCAGAGGAUUACGAUCUCGAUAAAGGGAGAAGAAAGAAUGGUGCAAAGUGCAGAGAAGGAGGACAGGAAGGGGGAGAGGCCUUUUACUCACAAUAAGCCUGUUUAGUAUCAUAUAGCAGCAUGGAGGACGAGGAACCUCUUCAAGGGGCAGGAGUGUUGGUUGUGGCGCGGACUGAUUGUUGCACACACACAGACGCCCCGCCGCAGCCCUUGGCGUUGGAAUAAAUAUUUUAUAAACUU